CUUCUCUUAAUCUUUCCUAAAUGCUUACAGAAUUAGAACGAUAUGAACCAUUUGGAAAGAAAUGCAUGGAAGCAAAAGCGCACUUUACGCAUGAUACCCAAAAUGAGUCCAUAAUGGACUUUUCAAAGAUCACCUUUAGUUCGUCUCAAGUGACAAGCGCCGCACCUCCACCUACAUUUCACAAGUUAUUCAGCAUUUCGGACACUUCGACCAUUAACAUGGGCACAGGCUUUAACGAACGUAAAAUCAACCACACAGGAAAACUAGAAAACUUAGCAUUGGACCUAGAACAAGAAAUAUACGUUCAAGGUUCGACAGUUGUUUGGAGUCGUGCAGGAUAUAUAUUAAAGACAUUUGAUUAUAGCAAAGAGAAACAAUUAAUACAACAAGUUUUAUUUGCUUGGUUCCCAUUUCAUUCAGCUUCGGACCCUACAAGUAAACCCGCAGCAGACAUCAAUGCUCACGAUAUGGAAGGCGAGGACCGCAUUGUAGAUGAUUAUUGGCAGAAAAAAGGUCCGCAAUCCAUCAUCAAUUACAAUUCAGUUGGUGCAAUUAUUCAAGAUACUAUACCCUUUGUGGAAGGAAAUAAAGUGCAGCGUAGAACAUUAUGUAUCGUAUUCCAAAAUAAUAUCAGGAUUCAUUGCGAAGAUGGUAUGAGCUUUACAUCCCAAAUACCCUUUGAAAUAGGUGAUGUCGUGCCAUUGGAUGUCGGUUUAUUGGUGAGCCGUAAACAUGAGCCAAAAAUCAAGAGCAGAAAUAGAAAACCCCUUCAAACAGGAGCAGCCUCUUUCUUUGUUACUGUUACACAUCCAUUAAGGGGUGCCUGUCCUGUCAAGACAAAGGAAGUCAGUCAUACUGGUAUCAACACUCUACCAGAGCAAUUCACCAGCCCUCAGAAAUUAUUGUUUGCAACUACAAAAUCCUCAGAAACGGGCAGGUUACCUGUUAUUGUCACAUUAAAUAUCAAGGAAAACAAACAUUACAUCUGGACUUAUGAUCGUCGAAAAGAAAAGAAUCAAUUACCAAAGACAGCUCAAACACCAACAACCAAGAAAAGAAAGGCUUCACAAGCUUACGUCAGCAAAAAAUUGCCUGGUACACUCAAUAGAAAGAAAUCCAAACUAAAUGCUGCAGAUUCUCCACGCGCGCAAUUCCACGAAGAUUACAUUUCUGAUGACGAAAUGUUGCAUGAAAAUGAAGCAGAGCGAGAUCUUUGGCAUGAAUUAUUAGACAAUAGCGAAAUCACACUUCGAUUAUUAUGGAGAGAAUCUCACGGCACAAAAAUGCCAGCAAAAUUAAAAGGAGUCAAAGAUGUUAAAUCACAAUCGUUUUUAAUUCACGACCUUAACGGUCAAGAAUUAAUCUGUAUUUUAAACAACACACUUGGUAGCCUUCAAGUAAUUAAUCUCAGUAAAGCAACACAGUUAUUAAACGAUUGCAUCGAGUUUAAGACCCCCGCCAAGUUAGCUAUACCUAUCAAUGCAACCCGAGAUAGCUACAACGAUUUGUUAUUUGUAGACGCAAAUGGAUCGCUUGAGAUUUACGUGGAUAAGGGGGCUCGACUCUCCUUGACACAGCCAAAGCAAGGAAACUUGGUUAAUCUGAUUGAUCCUGUCUAUGAUCGAUUUACGGCCAUCUACGAAAAUGGGCAAAUGUUUCGUUAUAGGUUGCAACUCCGACCCAAAACUUCCUUGGUACGUGAUUGUCUUGCUGCUAUCAGUUGUGCCACAUCCUUCUAUUUCCCUAAAAUAUGGUGUAGAUACCUCAAGAUAGCUCAUAUCACCCCAUUGGUGAAUGACAGUGAUCGUAUUCAUGCGGAUGAAUGGCAAGUUUUCUUUGUGACUCUCUUGUCCUUUCUCUUAUUGAAGAAGCAAGGCUAUUACACCGGCACAAAAAAACCCGCGUCUUCACAGGCAGCAAUCAGGGAUAUAAAGUUACAGCAAAUUAAGGCCUCCAAUAUCGAAUACAUGACACAAAAAUUGGGAUUUAUGGCGAUUACACCUGAGUUGAAUUACGAUUAUCUUUUAGACGAGAAUUAUUAUCAAGGUGUUCCUGCACCAUGGAUUGAUCGAGUUAUCACGUUUCGACCAAAAGAUCAUAUGGAGGAAGAAGUAUAUUUGGAUUCGUUUGAAUUUACAGAAAUUGUCAAGAGCUUGCAUAUUAUUUAUGAAGAUUACCGCAUCAAUAAAUCUAUGAAAAUGCAAGCAAAUUUACUUGGCUACCUAUUAUUACAAUCUACCGUCAUUUUAAAGAAUAAGGACUGGAUUGAAUACUACAAAAGCCAAGGGUUAAACCCUUUAUUCACUGUAAAUUUAACACUUGUGGGUGAUGAACCAAGAGAGAUCCUUAUUGAACCACCGAAUAUUCAAAUAUGCUUAAGACAAAUGACACCGAAUACCUCUUCAAACCCGACUCUAUUAAGUUCAUUCGGUGUGAAUACCUUAGAACCCGCCACAGGUCAUUGUCAUCACAACUACGCUCGUACUGUCAAAAAUCUUUGGUCUCUCUAUGGUGCCAUCAAUACUGGUGAAAAGACUAUAUUGUUAGACCGCAUGGUUGCUGAACGUAUUACAAGAAACGACAUAGAGAUAUUGAUUGAUACAGUCUCGUUUCCGAUUUUGGAAGCCCUGGAUUAUUUAAAAGAAAAUCCAAUGAUCAAUUGGUCUAAAGAAUCGUAUACGGUGAUAGGAAGAAAUGACAUGUAUAAGCAACUCAAAUUAAAGCCUACUGUGUGUGAUCCCAAUACGGAUAUAUUUAAGCUCCCAUUUCAAAAAGAAUCUGACCAUUCACAAUCUGUCAAUGAUUUGAUCGAAGGCCGCUCCGCCGCUCCUGUCAUUACAUGUCCUUACAAGACGGAUAUAUUAAAUAUGGAAACCGAACGUUUACGAUUUGGAUUUGGAGGCGUGAUAGAAAAAGUCCGCAACAUGCUAGACGGGUCACGCAUUCCAGAUAUUGAAGUAGAAGUUCUACCUGAUACAUCAGAUGACGAUAUUACGAGAGAACAUCAAGCUCAUGUUAUCUUGGCGGUGAAACGUACAUUAUCUGUGGGAAUAGGUCGUGCUAUCUUUGCUUACGGAACUUAUGUGCCUGAUCUAACGCGUGUACCACCUAUCGAACCUCUUGUGUUGUCAGGCAAGAUACUCCCAUUGCGCAAGAUCGUCAACCUAGACGAGCAAUUCUAUGGCCCAGAUUUCUUGCACUGGCCCGAAUUUCAUAACGGUGUUGCUGCAGGACUCCGCAUAUCGCCCAGUAAUAACAUAAAUGAUUCGUGGAUCGCAUUUUGUUAUCCUACGGAGCUAGGUCCUGAACAUGGUGGACUUUUGCUUGCGCUAGGUCUGAACGGUACUCUGAAAAAAUUAUCUGUGGUAGAUUGGUAUCAGUUUAUCUCACAGCCCUGUGAUCUGGUUUCAGUCGGGUUUCUCUUGGGAACAGCAGCUGCAUUUCGUGGUACGAUGGACGUGAAAGCUGCCAAACUAAUAUCUGUGCAUGUUCCUGAACUUUUACCGGCAGGAUCUAAUAGUUUUGCACAACCUAUUUCUGUACAAGCUGCUAGUAUAUUGGGUAUUGGACUUCUUUAUAUGAACUCUUCCAGCCGUGUCAUGACCAUGACCAUGUUUAAUGAAAUUGGAAAAAAUGCUUCUACCUCUAAUCCAAUCUUGAAACCCGGCGCCGAAGUCUUUGCUCUGUCUGCGGGAUUUUCGUUGGGUUUAAUUACGUUGGGUGCUGGAGAUGAUAUCUUGCGUUUGGAUCCUCAAAUGUGUAACAAAUUGAACCAUCUGAUUACGGGUAGAUCUGUCAUAUUUACCGAGGAUGGCUUGGAAGAGAAAGUAGAUCAAAAUAUUGCUACAGAUGUCACUUCAGCAGGUGCGACCAUUGCUCUCGCUCUUAUGUAUUUGAAAACGGAGAAUGUACGCGUCGCACAAAGUAUCGAUAUGCUGAAGACAAGGCCUUACCUUAAUUACGUCCAGCCUCACUAUUUGUUACUUCGUGUGGUUGCUAAAAGUUUAAUUAUGUGGAGCACCAUUUUACCUACAGAAGAGUGGAUCGAAAGUCAAGUACCAGAGUUUAUUGUAGAAGAUAUGGACAACCCGGAUCUCCCUCCUACAGACCUUGAGGUGACAAAGCAAGCCAUGUACAAUAUCAUUGGAGGAGCAUGUCUUUCCAUUGGGUUGCGAUAUGCAGGUUCGAAGAAUGAGGAUGCUCUCCAGUGCUUAACUGUUUACCUGGAUAAAUUCGGCAGGAUGUUGGGCGUUCCCGAAUAUAAUCCACAGCAGAAGAUUACUAGAGUAGCUAUCCGAACAUGCUUGGGUGUAGUUUGUACAGCUGCAGCGAUGGUAAUGGCCGGUACGGGUAACCUCGAAUUAUUGACACGGCUCGAACUUUUAAAUGAUCGCCUUGCACCAGAUAUGGACUAUGGUAAUCAUAUGGCAGUAGGCAUGUCACUGGGUAUGCUGUUUGUGGGUUUAGGAGGAUACACAUUAACAACAAGUAAUGAGGCCAUUGCAGGGCUAUUGUGCGCGUUUUACCCUUUCUAUCCUAUGAAUUCGGAGGAUAACCAAGAUCAUUUACAAGCGUUUAGACAUUUAUGGGUAUUAGCGGUUGACUCGCGAUGGUUGAUGCCGUUUGAUGUUGAUAGUAAAAAGCCUUGUCGGGUGCCGAUGCGUCUUGAGAUAUAUGAAGAUAAUGGCAAAUCGCUAUUACAAAGAAAAGUGCGUCAUAUGAGGAUUGAAGCUCCUUCGGUCGUGCCUGAUUAUAAGUUAAUUAAAUCCAUUCAUUUGGAUGGUGACAGGUAUUGGCCACUAUUCAUCAACAUGGGGUCGGGCGAAUAUCAAGAAUCAAUCAUCAAGUCCGGCCUAAUGUAUGUGAAAAAGAAAAAAGGAAAAAAGAGUUACGAAGAGGAUCCAUUUGGAAAAAGAAGUCUAACUUGGUAA